CCACUCUGUCCUUUUCCCCAUCGCCUUACGCCAAGGGUAGGGGGGUGUGCUUAGGCAGAAAUUAAACUCUGCUUAAAACUUUCUUAAGUGAAAGUUCAUACUUGCACUCAUUUUCAUUCGCUUAGUUUAAGCGUGUGAAGCUUUUGUUUUGUUUUUAGCAAUCCACACAACCCAACUUGCCAAGAUGAUUGAUACAGUCACUGCCCCGGGAGCACUGCCCUUUGCAGUGCAGCUCAAGGCUUUAAUGGACCAGGAGGGCAGAUACCAGCCAAAACUUGGAGGCCUGAGAUAUCUGGAGAGUGCGCAGGACAAUGGGCUCCGAAUGACCACCAAACUGCGGGAACUGGAGGUGAGGGACCUGCUGUCUUUGACCAGGUUCUUUGGAUUCAGUUCUGAGACCUUUUCUCUGGCUAUCAGCCUCCUGGAUCGAUUUCUGUCAGUCAUGAAGAUUCAGCCCAAACACCUGUCCUGUGUGGGUUUGUGCUGCUUCUACAUUGCUGUGAAGUCUAAUGAAGAGGAGAAGAAUGUGCCUCUUGCCAAUGAUCUGAUCCGCAUCACUCAGAACCGCUUCACGGUGUCUGACAUGAUGAGGAUGGAGAAGAUAAUCAUGGAGAAGCUCCACUGGAAGGUGAAGGCCCCCACAACACUGCGCUUUCUCCGCCUUUUUCACCGCCACAUCCAGGAGCAGCUUGAUGAUGAGAGUAAGAAGAUCCUGAGCACUGAAAGACUGGAGGCUCAACUGAAAGUCUGUCACUGCUCAUUUGUUUUCACCAAAAUUAAGCCAUCUCUGCUAGCUCUUGCUCUAUUGAGCUUUGAACUUUGUGAGCAACAUGAUCCAGAGCACAGUGACAAGAUAUUUGAUGCCCUUUUCUCUAUUCAGAUGCAGCUUUAUAUCAAGGAUGGUGAUCUGGUUUGCGUGCGAGAGCUGGUCGGGAAGUGCCUGACUGAAUAUGCCACCUCCAAGUGCUCCAGGCCAAACAGUCAAAGACUUCGCUGGACCAUUUCAGGAAGAACUGCACGCCAGCUGAAGCACAGCUACUACAAAAUCACUCAUCUACCCACCAUCCCAGAGUCAGCCAAUUGAAAUCUCUACCUGAGCUCUCAGUAACUGGGUGACCUUCAUUAAAGUUUCUUCAGUUGUUUUAGCAAAAUUUGGAUAGCAACAAGGUCACUCACUUAAUUCAACUUAAUUUUCUUUACAGAUGGCCAUCAUAGAUGAUGGCCUUCUUUAAAGAAAAGCCAAAAUCAUCUAUCAUACAUCAAGCACUGUUCCAUCUGCCCCAUCUACGAACAGUAAUGCUUUGUCUGCAUCCUGGCUUAGUUUUACUUUCGUGGUUGAGUUGCUUGCACGAGUGUACAGUAUGUUCUUGUUAAAUCCAUACCAUGAUGUUUGGUAUUUGGGUUGCUGGUUUUAAGCAAAUAAGUAUAGAACCACCUAGGUCCUCAGUCCACUGUGUGGAAGAGGAGGGAGAAGGAUUUUGUGAACAUCAAAAAAGGAACCAAGAAAUCAGGCCCAAAGUCCUUAACUCUCACCCUAGGUUGCUAAACUGUCGUGAAUGCACACUCCUACCCAAGGUGAUAAUUUUAGUUUUUGGUUAUGGCGAGGAAGCUCUGGAUUUCUCCAGUGAAUAAGGCUAGUUUAUGAUUCGUCAUUUCUAGCGAAUCAUAUUUGAAGCUGAACAUCAGCUUUGCCAAGCGGUUACCGAUGAGUUGUUUUCACUGAUUUCUGAUUUGUAGACACAAAGCAUUGCUUAUGCUAAAUUAUUAGUUUUCAAUUAGGCAGAGAACACAAAAGUGGUAAUUACAAUAGAAUAAUUGUUAGAAUAUUUGACAGUUCCCUGUGUUGUUUUUUUGUUUUUGUUUUUUAAUGAGUUGUGUUCUCAAUUCAAAAUUGUAAUUCCCACCAUCUGGUAAACCUAUAUGCUUGUACCUUUCAAUAAAAACUUUAUUGAAAAGCCAAAA